AUGGAGCCAAACAUCUCUAUGGAAGAGGAGAGAAAUCAUUCCUCAGUGGUCAUGUUUGUUCUCCUGGGACUCACAGAUGACAAAGAGCUGCAGCUUGUUCUCUUUCCCGUUUUCCUCGGGAUCUACCUGGUGACGCUAUUCUGGAACCUGAGUCUGAUCAUCCUCAUCAGGAUGGACUCCCACCUGCACACACCCAUGUACUUUUUCCUCAGUUGUCUUGCAUCCAUAGACAUCUGCUUUACUGCUUCCAUCAGCCCCAGGAUGCUCUCAGAUUUCCUCAAAGAGGAAAAAACAAUUUCCUUCAUUGCCUGCGCUACCCAGUAUUUUGUGGCAGCUUGGAUGGGUCAGGCUGAGUACUGCCUCUUGGCCGCCAUGGCCUAUGACAGAUAUGUGGCCAUUGGUAACCCCCUGCAGUACUCAGCCAUCAUGGCGCCUGGGCUCUGUCAGAAGAUGGUGGCUGGAGCCCUCUUUAGUGGUUUUCUUUGUAGCUUCCUUGAAACGGUCCCUUGUUUUAACUUGUAUUUCUGCAAGUCCAAUAUCAUCCAACAUUUCUUCUGUAACAUAUCUGAGAUUAUCAUCUUGUCUUGCUCUAAUCCCUUUGUCACCCAAAUGAUUCUUUUCCUUGCGGCUGUGUUUGUUGGGUUUGGGUCUUUGCUCAUUAUCCUGCUAUCCUAUGGUUUUAUUGCAGCUUCCAUUCUGAAAAUAUCCUCAGUCAAAGGCAGUCUCAAGGCCUUCAACACCUGUGCCUCCCACCUGGCAGUUGUCACCCUCUUCUAUGGCACAGCCCUGGCUGUGUACAUGCAUCCAAGUUCUGGUCACUCUGAGAAUAAGGACAAGGUUCUCUCAGUGUUUUAUAUUAUCAUUAUUCCCAUGUUAAACCCUCUUAUCUAUAGUCUGAGAAACAAGGAAAUCAAAGAGGCCCUCAAAAGAAUGAUAAAGAAGGCUACACACCUUUCUCAGUAA